AUGGCUACACUAGCAACAAGCGACAACCCUCGUCCCCCCGGUGCGCAGAUGGCAAACAGCGAUGCUGCCAACACGAUUCCCGGACGAGGCUUGGCGCACCUCGUUUCUAAAUUUGAGACGCUUGACAAGGGUAACAAGCCCAGCUUUCCGCACCAGGUUGUGGGCUUGACGGCCAACAAAACCAUGUCAUCACUGAGCUCGCUCCAAGACAAUCGACUUCAGUUUGAGAAAGGUCACGCCAAGAAAGAUGGUAGACUCGACCCUUCGACUGCUCCAUCACCUGUGGCAGCUGCUGCAGCUGCGCUGGGGCGUACCAUUAUCUCCUCAACAAGGUCGGACGUCGCUCAGCCAAACAAAACGAAUCCCAAAGACCGCGUCUCCGCAAAAGUGGCAGAGAAGAGAAAGCUUUUUGAGGCUGAUGAAUCAUCUUUGCCGGAGAAGCAAGGGUCACAUCUUUCAAAUGUGAAAGCAUUUAAGACGGCUACUGCGGCUUUCUCGCAAACGGAAAAGCCAGACAAGAAAAUUUCCCUGUCCCAGUCUUGUGGGCAUAUAUACGUGGCCCCGAAGACAGCCCCAAGCAGUCCUACAAAAUCGAACCUCAAUGUCUCUGCCCUGCAGCGUUCUGUUCCGCACAAUCGUGAAAAACCAAAUGAACCCUCUAUUCACUCCAUCCCGGCCACCAGCUUUGUGUUGAGGAAAGGCAAUGGGAUGUCUGCCUUCGCCCCCGUGUACGCCAAGUUCUGCACACACGGAUGCGAAACGACACUCGACAAGCUGUAUUACACCGAAGGCUCCAAAUACUACAGAUGCACCAGACUCAUCGGUAGAAUCUGUUGA